GAAGACAUCCGGAAAAGGGAAAAAACAGACUCAGAGUCAGCUGACUUGACUUUGUGUUUUGAGUAGUUUUUGACAGUUGAAAGGCAGCCGUUUAGUCAUUUCAAAGUAUAGGUUGUUUUUUGUUGUUGCAUUAAUAUAUGUUAGUGAGUUACUAGCUAUGUUACGACCAAAGGCAUUAACGCAGGUUCUCAGUCAAGCGAACACAAACGGAGUCCAAAGCACACUCUUACUGAAUAAUGAAGGUUCACUUCUGGCUUACUCUGGGUACGGGGACACUGAUGCACGGGUGACAGCCGCCAUCGCCAGCAACAUCUGGGCGGCCUACGACAAGAACGGCCACCAAGCCUUUAACGAAGACAAACUUAAAUUCAUACUCAUGGAUUGUAUGGAGGGAAGAGUGGCCAUCACUCGUGUAGCCAACCUACUACUGUGUAUGUACGCCAAAGAGACCGUGGGCUUUGGAAUGCUUAAAGCCAAGGCAGAAGCCCUGGUGCAGUACCUGGAGGAACCAUUAACACAAGUGGCAGCAUCAUAGUGGAGAUGUGGCUGAAGCUCUGCCUGUCGCUUCUGUCUGCCUGGUGGGGGAAAAGCACAUGAUCCAGGCACUUCAUGGACUACUGUAACAUUCUGUGAACAUACAUAUAUCUAUGAGUGAGUGAGUGUGUGGGGGUCAGUGUAUUUAUAAUCAUGGUAUUGAAACUAAUAACUUGUAAGGGGUUUGUACCUAUUUGCCCUCCCUUUGGACUCUUGUGUUAAUCUAAUGACCUGUUCUGAAAGUCCAAAUUAUUUUUUAAUAUGAAGUCCGAGUGUACAGCUGCUGAAAUGAUUCAUCAACUGUUCCCACGGUUGUUUUAUUCAUUUGCAGUCUUACCUCAGGCAUGCCGGUCACAGUUAAGCAGUAGAUUGAACAUUUUCAAUCCUGUCAGGGAGUAAAAUGGUUUGUGGAAAAUUUCAUAAGAAUGUCUAUCUGAUAAAAUGCAGUUCAGUUUAUUUGCUAUGUUUUAUUUCAAAGCCGUCAAAUAAACAUUUUUUUGAUUAUUA